AAUCUAACCUCUAUUCUGUAUUUGCAGUGUAAUUUACUUAGAUUAUUUAUACUAAAAACCACCAGUUCUUAGACUUUACUUGAAACAAUGUUUAAUUUGUCAAUUUUAAGACAAUUCUCAAGAUUGUCGAUAUGUCCAGUGGCUAAGGUACAGCUAACUCGAAAUAUUUCCACAACAGCAGCCAUUCAAUUCAAAGUAACUGAUUACUUAUGUGCGGAACCAAUGAAGAAAAAGAAAAAAAUCGAUCCGGCUAUUGUAAAGGCUCGUGAAGAACGUCGGCGUAAAAAGUUAGAAAAGCAGAUCCGCAGGCUAGAGAAAAAUGCGAGACAGCUUAAACCUAUUGAUGAGUUAGAAGUACCAUUACAUCUCAUGGAUCAAUUAAAAAAAAGAAAGCGCCCAGAGCCAAAGUUGACUACAGAAGAAGUAGAAGCUCGAGCCCUGCUCCAAAAGGACUGGGCCAGGUACAAACGUGAGGAGUACAUUGCAACAGUCGCCCAAAUUGAUAGGAUUAUGGCGUCUCAACGGAGAGCUCUGGAUAAGUUGUAUGAAGUUUCUGAGGAACUGUAUGAUGAAGCAAUUAUGCCCGAUCUGCAGCUUAUCCCCUACUCAGUGAAGGGUCCCGUGGCGACUCCACCCAUCAAGGGCUACGACUCUCCCGAUGGCGAGUACAUCGAUGUGUCGAAGAAGUGGGACAAUUAGGAAAAAAUUUAUUGAUAGAUGUUAAUAAAAUAUUGUUAUAGUCA